CAUUGUUUGCUUAUCUUUCUAAGCAUCAUCAAUCUGUCGUUUCAAUCUAAUCAACAUGUCGAAGCUUUUACGAUAGAUGCUCUGACAAGCUCGAAUGAUGUUCACGAUGGCAGAUUUGUAGAUGCUAUUACAAAGUUAUCACUUCAGUUAGAAGCUUUUAAUCUUCAUUAUGUGACGAAAGUGGAAGACAAAAUUGCUAACAUCAUGCAAACGAUGAAUAAUUUAGAUGCAAAUAUGAAAUUUUUACAAGAAAAAGCUCAAAUUUGGGAUGUAUUUCGUCAUCACAUAAGCUCAUGGAGUGAACAAUUCAAAUCAUCAGAUCGGAAAAUUGAUAUUCUUAAAAAAAGCCUAGAGAACUUGCCCGUCAUCGAAAAUCAAUUGCAAAAUACUGACUUCAAGGUUCAAAAAAUGUUUGAGAAAACGGAUUUGAUAAAUGAGAAGUUACAUGAAAUAACGAAAUCAAUGUUGGAAACUCAUCGAGCACCAGUGAAGCAAAAACAUGCUAAGAACGCAGAACCAUCGGGUACUAAGAGCUGGAGUCAAGAAGAUUUCGAACAGACAGAAAUAUUGAUGAGAUUGACAAAAAUACAAAAGCUUCUCGCAAACUCGUGUAGUUUGACAAGAUUGGAUCGUGAAAUGGAUCCCAUCAAAGGAUCAAAGACUUCGUCAACUGAACUCAAUGAUGAAUCAACGUCACUCAAGAUAUUGAUGAUGAAAGUUAACAAUAAUCUAGAAAAGUUUCCCACGAGAGAAAUCAAGCAGUCGUUUAAUCUUAAUAAGAAACAAGAAAAAGCUCUCGAUGUUAUCACAAAUCUCGCUAAUCAAAUUGACGAAAGAACCAUUCGAAUAUUCGAUACAAAUUCAUAUCAAUUUAAAAAGCUUUUAACAUGUUGUAAAAGUACAGAACAUGAAAUUCUUACCUUUACUAACAAUGCAAACACUUUGUUAAAACGAACGGAAAAAGCGAUAAAAGCUGUUGAAGCAUCAGAAGUCACCCCAAAGGGAAAAUAUAGUUCCGAUGCAAAAGCACGCUUGAAUGAUUUUGAUGGAAGUGGUGGAAGUUCUGAAUUCGAUGAAGAAACUUUAGACAAUGCAGAAUAUUUUCAACCGCAUAAAACAAACUGUUUUCAACUAACGACUGGAAGAAGUGGAGUUUACACGUUCGGUGAAGAACGUGAGCUUAAUGAUUACGGAAGAGAUUUGAACCAACAGUAUUGUGAAUAUUCAACUGAAGGUACUGCAUGGACGAUUAUCCAGAAACGAGACAACUUCAAUCCGCCUGAGAUGUUCAACAGAUCGUGGGCUGAUUACAAGAAGGGAUUUGGAAAUCUCUCGAGAGAUUUUUGGUUUGGAAAUGAAUUCAUUCACAAGUUAACAUGCGACCAACAUAUGGUGUUACGUAUUGUUCUCGAAGACUUUAAAGAUAAUCAUGUGUGGGUGGAAUAUGGAAAUUUCAGGGUAGAAUCAGAAACACACAAAUACGCGUUGAGUGUUGAUGAAUAUCGGGGUUCAAUCGCCGACUCAUUUCUCUAUCAUAAUAAUCAACCUUUCAGCACAUUUGACAGGAACAACGACGUCUCGAAUUUGACUGUACCAUGUGCACAAUCAAUGGGAUCUGGCUGGUGGUUCAAAAGCUGUGCUGAAUCAAAUCUUAAUGGAAUUUACCGUGAUGAGCCUCUUGGUGGUGAUUCAAGAAAUUAUCAUGGAAUUUUCUGGGAACAUUGGCUUGGUGAUUAUUCACUUAAAGCUACCAAAAUGAUGAUUCGACCUAAGGAUUUCUGGCUUAGUAAUCCUAAAGAUGAGAAUUUGAUUGAACUUGGCAAUGACAUGCUUGGACACUAAAAGGAUCUUUUUUUACGCUCGCUUGAACUUUUGGUCGUACAUAUGCAGAUUUUAUAUAUUUUCUCUCUUUCUCUUGCUUAAAUAAGCAUUCAAAAGCUUUAAUCAAGCGAAGAAAAUUUUCUUACACUAUGUCUCGGUUAUUGAUUCCAAAAAAAAGAAACGAAAAGAAGAAUAAAUAGAUGACGUCAAUAAAAGAUUGAAUUAAAAGGGAUUUGAACAGAAUUUCUUGUCCCAAAAGAGAACGAAAAAAGUUUAAAAGCAAGAAUAUUGAAACGAAAGUUGUUCGUUAAUCUCUUACAAUUAAAUCAAUCAACAAUUUUCUCCUUCCUUUCGUUUACAUAUGUCUGUCAAAUUGUCUUCAAGAAAAACUCAAUAUUCAGGCUUUUGUAUCCUUAAUCAAUUAAUUAUCUGGUAAAUAAAUAAAAGAAAAACAAAAGGA